ACGGCUGCGCGCAUGCCCACUUUCUUUGACCGUCAGUACGCAUGCGCGAUCAGUGUCAACCGGCGCCGCGGUAGCCCUCGUCAUAAUUAUAACCUCAAUUUAACAAAAUAUUUACAGUGGAAUUUUGUACAGUUUCCGUGCAAAAUGGCUCAAAUGGACGCUUUAAGCAAAGUCGGUAUCAUCGGUUUGGUGUUGCUUGCGAUAUGGCUAGUGAAGUUCUUGUUCAAUGUGAUUUUCACCUAUGUUAUUGGUCCAGCAGUGAAUAAAGUGGACUUUAAAUCGAAAGGGAAAUGGGCACUGGUCACCGGCUGCACAGACGGCAUCGGCAAACAGUACGCCAGAGAGUUGGCUGCCCGCGGUUGUGAUAUUGUUCUAGUCAGUCGAUCUAUCGACAAGCUGAGGGCGACAGCUGAAGAAUUAGAGAAAGACUACAAGGUGUCAACAAAGGUGAUUCAAGCGGACUUCUGCGAGGGCGAGGAGAUUUAUACGAACAUCGCUAGAGAGAUCACGGAUCUGGAAAUCGGCACCCUAGUCAACAAUGUCGGCAUUUCCUACUCGUACCCUGAGUACUUCCUGGACGUGCCUGAUUGGGAGAAGAUGAUGUCGAACCUCAUCAAAGCCAACGUAGCCUCGGUGACCAAAGUUACCGGUCUCGUUCUGCCCGGCAUGGUGAAACGCGGCAAGGGCGUCGUCAUCAAUAUCGGAUCUGCCUCAUCCAUCAUUCCCAGCCCGUUGCUGACAGUCUACGCGGCGUCAAAGGCUUACGUGGACAAAUUCACCGAGGGCCUCGACAUGGAGUACAGGAAAAAGGGCAUUAUCUCCCAAUGCGUAAUGCCCGGUUUCGUUUGCACGAACAUGUCCGGCAUCCGCAGGAGCACCUUCUUCGCGCCUACCGCUAAGACUUUCGUGAAGUCCGCCUUGAGUCUCGUCGGUACUGUGUCUAGGACGACCGGGUACCUGCCCCACGCUAUCUUCACGAACGUCAUCAACUUCAUCAAUGAAGUCAGCGGGAACUUCGGCGUUUGGCUGGUCACCAGAUCCAUGGAGAACAGCCGCGCUCGGGCACUGAAAAAGAAAGGGAAACUGGAAGCCUGAAUUUACUCAUUUUUAUUGCAGACAUAUUUUUAAGAUGUUGUUUAAAGUUAAGAGAUUGUUUGAAUGUUAUUUUUUGUUUUCUUUUUUAUCAGUUGAAUAUUAGCCAUAUACAUGUUCAAGUUUUUAAAUCGUUGACAAGCAAAAUUCACUAAUUAACACCAUUGAAAUUAUUGGACAAUAAACCGUGUUACAAGUGUAAUAAAGUGCAUUGUAACUUUAAUUUAUUGAUAGUACUUAGUGACUUUUGCUUGUCACCCGACGAUUAAUGUUUACAAAUCUGAAAUUGAAAGAAGUCACGCUCUCACGGUGCAUUAAUUUUUGUUGUACAUAAUAUUUUCGUAUUUAAUCACACAAUCAAACGUACAAAUAAAAUAAACAUAUGUAUAAAUAUAGACAUCUUUUUUAUAAAGUGCAACCAAACAAAAACUUUCACAUAGGAUUGAAUAUGAAAAGAAAUGCAAAAUGGUCUAAGCCACUAAAGUAUUUGCUGCAAAAUUUUGUAAUUGCUUAUUACGACAAUAAUUGUACAAUAAAUGUUAGGUCUAGCACGUUCCUUGAAUGUAGGUUUAAAAAAAACUACAUAUAAUAAGAUUAAUAAGUUAGAAACUUUAUUUCUAUUUUAAAGGUACUGUUUCAGUUGUUGGUUUUACGCGUAUAAUUUUAACAAAAAUUCCACUACCCUUUUCUGAUUCCACAAACAUGAUUAUCGCUGACGUAACAUAUUUCUUAGACAUUAUAAUAUUACUUAAAUUUCAAGAUAGCGUUUAGAAGUUAGAACACGAAAAGUCUGCAGAGAUGUUGAUAGCCCACGCAGUGCAAGUGUUAUUUUAAACGUCUAACUUCUAUGAAAUUAUGACGUUCAAAUAACACUUGCACUGCGUAGGCUACCAAAAGCGCUGCAGACUUUUGGUAUAACGAGUAUCGAAGAAAAUUUAGACAAGAAGAAUAUUGUCAAAGUAAAUUAUAAAUGUAGUUAGUACAUGUACUGCCAUCUUUCGACACAAAUUAUUAACACUAUUAUAACGCCAUUUGACUAAAGAGGAUCUUUUCGAGCGAUGGCGACAUACCUUUGGCCUUAGAGGAUAUAACCAACCUUUGGCCGGCACUCGAAUAGAUGGCGAUACUUUUUGACAAUUCAAUUCAAUUCGUUUAAUACGGUGUUAUCGGACAUUUUAACACAUAUCGGUGAAAAAAUAAGGGUCAAAGUAACAUGGCGUUCUAUAAGUGUUAAUCAUUUGUGUCGAAAGAUGGCAGUAACUGUACUGACUACAUAAUUUAAGUACAUUGACAAUAUUCCUCUAUUUCAAAUUCUCUUUGCUCUGACUCUAUAAGAUAAGUCUACAAGACAUAAUAUGCUUUAUGACCAUAAAUUAUUUGUUAACAAUACAACCUCAUUUCAUAUUUUCGUUUCAUAUUAUAGACAUAUAAACACUCUCAAAUUGACUCCUGUCAUUAUUGUCAUUAAAGUCAAAUUUUAAAACCGCCAAAACCAUCAUCAUAAUGCAAUAAAAUAUGCAUUUCCAUUAAGAAAAUACAAUAAAUUUAACACCAGAUUAAAUCCUGACCACAACCACCACACCGAAACCAUGAACGAACCACGAAAUCUACCGCACCCCUACAAGAAAUAAGAAAUGUGUGCUUGUAGAGAUGUUGAGUUGAAUGGUACCAUAAUAGAAUAAUGUACCAGGUACUGAUGAUUAUAAUAACUAUAGCCAUACUAAUAACAUUGCUUUUCUUUAUUUGCCGCAUUACAAGGAGCAGGUAACACGGAUAAGUUGGAUAAAGACGUCCAAUUGCAAUACAGAACGCAUGGAAUUGUUACGCAGUAACGUAGACUUAGUCCAACGUUGUACCUACUGCAACUUUAGCGUUGUUCUCUACUGGCUGUGAGUUGGAUGUGCAAUUAAAAUGUCAUGUUUGCUGUACAAACGCAAGUUAUUAUCAAGUAGCAUAGUAGCAUAGUAACAUGGAUUUUUGUAAUGUCAAUACAGCAAAGCUGGUGUGAAGUCAUGGAACAAAUUACAUAAAGUGUGUGUGUAAUGGCAAAAUUUGUUGGUGGGUAGCUUAAUAGUCAACCAUUUCCGUCAUUAAAAAGAUGAAUAAAUCAAAUUAAAUCAUUGUUCAAAUUAACCAAAACCCUCUUUUUUUGUUGCCUUUUUCGCGUGUGUGAAAUGAUGUAAUGAUAUUUCGAUGAUCUUAAUAAAGUGCAAAACCUUU